CUUUCCAAACCCCCUUUUUUUUUAUUCCCUUUGGGAAAAAAAAUCAAAACUUUAAAUCUCAAUCCCUCUCUUUUUCUCGGAUGAAGCCUCUUUUGAUCCUUUCUACUUCAUGCAGCGUUGGUAAUUCCCGGACCCAUCACCGCGUUUCCUUUGUAAAGCCCUCUAAUGGCGGCCAUUUCCGGACACCUAACUGUUUCCAAAGAUCGCGCCUGUUCCAACCCUGUCGCUCACUCGCAAAAACAAGCGAUCUUUGGCUCCGAGGUGAAAUUGAGGGAAAUUGAGAAAACCCAGUUGAGUUUUUCAGCUUCGUUCAGGAGAACUCCAAACUUAAAAUUGAUGGCUUCAGGAAAGAAGGCCCCUGUAAUAACUCAGGAAGCUAAAGCCGAGACUGGAAAGAAGGCUGAUAUGUUCGAUGAGAUGAAACAACAUUUUCUCAUGUUUAAAAAGCAUAAGUAUAUGGAGAACUUGGAACAUUUCAAGAAUCUUUCAGAUGCUCAAUUUCCAAAGUUUCUGGUGAUUGCUUGUGCAGACUCUAGGGUCUGUCCUUCCACCAUCCUUGGAUUUCAGCCAGGCGAAGCCUUCACUGUUAGGAACAUUGCAAAUUUAGUACCCCCUUAUGAGUCAGGACCUUCGGAAACAAAAGCUGCUCUGGAGUUUUCGGUUAAUUUUCUCAAUGUUGAGAAUAUCUUAGUUAUUGGCCACAGCCGCUGCGGGGGAAUUCGGGCCCUUAUGAGCAUGGACGACGAAGCAGAUUCCAGCAGUUUCAUCCAAAAUUGGGUAAUUGUCGGAAAGAGGGCAAGGGCGAGCACGAAAACUGUUGCUUCCGACCUCCACUUUGAUCAUCAAUGUCAGCAUUGCGAGAAGGAGUCGGUUAAUUGUUCACUGCAGAACCUGCUUAGUUACCCGUGGAUCGAAGAGAGAGUAAAGAAGGGUUUGCUUUCCAUCCACGGCGGCUACUAUGAUUUUGUGGACUGUAAGUUUGAGAAAUGGACGCUUGACUACAGAGGAAGCACAACUGGCGAGGAAGGAAAGGGAAUCACCAUCAAAGACUGGUCAGUCUGGUGCUAAGUUUACUCUUCUCUACUUUUAUAAGCAAUUCGAUUUCCUCUUCUCUGACAUAAUUUACGAGAAAAUCAGCCGGAAAAAAAACUGAGUUAUCUGGAGACUAGGUUGUCUCUCUGUGUGUUUGUUGUGGUUUUGUUCGGUCCUAAAUCUUCCACAGGGGAGAGAAUAUGUGACACUGUAUAAUGGCUUAUUGGUAUUUGGUCUGAACUUUUUGAAGACCAGUUAGCUCCA